CUUAUUUUGCGAUCGCAGUCAAUUCUUUUCCCACAACUGUCCUCCAGCAAGAGCUGAGCUGGGCAGCGGCUUGGUAAAGUACCAACUUCCUUGUCUCUACACGCGAGGGCACGCGAUACUGGCAAUGGCGUCCGUUAAGACGCCAAACUUCCCCCCGGUGCGAGCAUGCAUCUUUGAUAUGGACGGCCUCCUCAUCAACACCGAGGAUAUAUACACCCUUUGCGCCAACAACGUUCUAGAGAAAUACGGCAGACCCCACUUACCAUGGCCCAUCAAGGCGCAACUGAUGGGUGUCCCCGGGGGGUCAACUGGAGACGCUUUUCACAGCUGGGCUCAAUUGCCUAUUCCUCGCGAGCAAUUCAACAAGGAACAGAAAGAGCAGCAGCGAAUCUAUUUCCCAGAGUGCAAACCCCUUCCCGGUGCACAUAAAGUGCUUCGCGCCCUCAAAGUGGCAAAUAACACAAACAGAGCGAAGAUACACAUCGCUCUCGCCACCAGCUCUAACAAGAUCAAUUAUGAACUGAAAGCUUCAAGCCCUGAAACGAAGGAGUUACUCGCUAAUUUCGACGACAAUCGGCGUAUUUUGUGGACCGAUCCAAGGUUGGAAAAGGCUCGAGGGAAGCCAGCCCCUGAUAUUUUCCUUUUAGCAUUGCAAAGCAUCAAUGACAGUCUCGAUGAGGGUGAAGCCCCGAUUACCCCCGAAGAAUGCUUGGUCUUCGAGGACAGUGUGCCAGGUGUCGAGGCAGGUAGAAGAGCGAAGAUGAGGGUGGUUUGGGUACCCCACCAGGCUUUGGUAGCUGAGUACGCAGGUAAAGAGAAGCUGGUGCUUGCUGGUAGGAUUGGCUUGGUGAAGAUUGGAGAUGAGUGGCAGUUGGGAGAGAUCGAUGAUGGGUGGGCAAUGAAACUGUCGAGCUUAGAAGGGUUUCCAUACGGCGAUUUUGGUAUUUCAGUCUGAGCAGAAGUAUCAGCUCUUGGAGCCUUAGAGGAUCAAAGUGGCCCCCGGUUUCUGUGAUGCAUAUGGUUGGGGCAGUUGUGCAUAGCACCCUGCAUACUUGUUACGUGUUGAUCCAGAAAAGCCCGGGACAAUUCGAGUGGGUUAUUCGAGCCUCCAAAUGAUUAUCUCUUCAAAGGACAGCUCAAAGAAGACGAAUUGUUGCCACCGCGGCCUCGUAAGGCUCAGCUGAUUUGCAAACUACAAAUGAUUGUAUUCCAGAUGAAGAAUGAUGUAUUAGUACAGAAAUCUGGGGUUUGAGUGAAAGCUUGACAGUAAAGUUUCGGGGGUCUCACUUGCUCAAUUGAGUUCGAAAAUUUACGUAGCUAGUUCUCCCAGAUCCAAGGCCUCCAU